CUCGGUAUCGUUGUCCUCGGCCUCUUUUUGGACGUUGCGUAAGGGCUCCCCCUCCCUUCUCCAGUCAGAGGGGCAACGUAGGUGGACGGCAAAUCUGGGUUCUCCUGUUAGGGAAGGAGACAUAUAUAGUUCAUGGAACCUCAAGGAAUUGUCAAAGCUUUCCGCAAACGAAAGAAGUUGAGAGAUGAGGUACACAACGCACCUUUAAAGAUUUGGAAAGAAGAAGCCAAGAAUCAGCAAGUAUUUUUACCAGGGUGGUUGGAGCCAAUCACAGCUUAUGUGUUGCAAGCAGGAAUUGGCCAAGCCAGGGCUGAGAUCUUCUGUAAGCAAAUCAUCCACAAUGGAGGGCACAUCUGCAGCCAGUUCUCCCCAGAUGUGACACAUGUAAUAGUAGAUGAAGACAUGGAUUUUGAUCGGGCUUUUCGGCUCCUCAAACUCAAAAAGCUACCUCGGGGAUUGCAACUAGUUAAGGCAUCCUGGCUGAGUUCUUGUAUUACAGCACAGCAGAUCUUGGACAUUACUGACUAUAGACUCAUCGUCCCAGAGAAAUAUCUGGAUGACACAGGCUUUUCGGUGCAACGCUCACCAUUACUGAAUGAGAAUAAGAUUCACUCCAAAGCAGAGAACACAGUUAUGGAACUGAAAGAGGAAUCAAACACCGAGGUCAACUCUUUCUGUGAUACUGUACAGAGGACGUUAGAUGAUGAAGAAAUUGAAGAGGACAAAGCUGUUGUCACUCUGGAAGAAAUGAAAGCGCUGAAGUCAGGCCAAGACCUGAACAAUUUGUCAGAAGGCUCGUCAGCGUGCAAUUCCCGUGGCAAGUGGGUUUGUGCUCGGUCUUCUGAAAGCAAGAAAAUUAAUCAUAAUCAGUGCAUUACAGAGAAGCUGGAAGUGCUAGCUAAAGCCUACUCUGUCCAAGGAGACAAGUGGAGGAAUCUAGGCUACAUGAAAGCUAUUAAUGCACUCAAGAGUUAUCAUAAGCCUGUCACAUCUUUUCAGGAAGCCUGUAAGAUUCCUGGAAUUGGAAAACAGAUGGCAGAAAAGAUUGUAGAAAUCUUGGAGAGUGGGCACCUUCGAAAACUAGACCACAUCAGUGACAGUGUCUCAGUGCUAGAACUAUUUUCCAAUAUAUGGGGAGCAGGAGUAAAGACUAGCCAGAUAUGGUACCAGCAGGCUUUCUCACGGAUGACUUGGUGAAUCAGGAAGACAAUGAAAGCCAGCAGAAGUACCUCGGAGUCUGCCGUUUGCCAGGCCGAGACAGGCACCACAGGCGCCUCGACAUCAUUGUGGUGCCCUACAGAGAGUUUGCCUGUGCUUUGUUGUACUUCACAGGCUCAGCCCACUUCAAUCGCUCCAUGCGAGCUCUGGCCAAGACGAAAGGCAUGAGUCUGUCAGAGCAUGCCCUCUGCAGUGGUGUAGUGCGAGGAUCAGAUGGCCUCAAAAUUGGAUCUGGGAUUGUCCUGUCCACACCUACUGAGAAGGAUGUGUUUGCUCAUCUGGAGUUGCCUUACCGGGAGCCAAAUGAGAGAGACUGGUAAAGGCAAGAAAAGAAGUAGCCCCAAUUAGCUUCAGGGAGAUAUGGGGACUUGCAUGAGAUUUUCAAACAUAUACUGUAUAUCCUUUGCUUGUUUUCCUUGAGGGAUAUUUGCAAAGCAAUGGACUUGGUGAGCAGUUUAUUGUUUGCCCCCAUUGGCAGUGAAAAUCCCAGGAUUUUUAAAGUGUUUUAUUAGUUUUGAAAAUUUCAGUGAGAGGAAAAAACUAUGAACAAAUCAACUCAUUCAGUUAUCAAUUCCAAAAAUGAGAAACUUUGAUUGUAAAUUAUUUUUGCACAUUAAAAAAACCAAUUAAUGUCUACUUUAAACAGGAACAGGAAAUGUACAAAAUU